UGAAUUUACCUUGGUCCUCGGAAGAAGACAUUUGAGUGAGAAAUAAGUAUCGCAGAAACGUGAUGGUUUGAAGCCGAAGGGCGUCUAAAUUGUAGUAUUAUUAUUCAUUGUGUUUUAUCAAAAUGUCCAAACUACAGCUGUUGAAUGUGUUUAUCACCGAGCGGCUAAUAUCUGCGGCUGUUGAUAUAUUUGGUUCGUCGGAAAAGACGUUAGCAGAGUACCAGGAGCGGCUAACAACAGCGGCAUUUGAGAUAUUUGUUGUGGUGGAAAAGACGAUCGCAGAGUUUCAGGGAGAAAACGAUCGUCUACGGGAUCUUCUUCUGGGUCAUUUUGGUGCAGAGCCCCAGCAGCUAACUCUCCCUGAAGAGGAGGUGUCCCCUAAGCAGCAGCAGCAGCAUUGUGAACAGGAGUGGAACCCCAGUCCAGGGCAGGAGGACCCAGAGCCCACACAGAUUACAGAGGAACAGGAGGAACUCAGGACCAGUCAGGAGGAAGAGCAGCUUCAAAGACUUAGGUCUGCUACCACAGAGGUUGUACAAUUGAUAUUUAUUCCUCCCUGUGUGGAAAGUGACUGUGACCAGGACUGCAAGACGGACUCUCUACCCGGCAACACAUCUGAACAGACCCAAUCAGCAUUGGAUGACGAGGAUUACAGAGUAUCACAACUAACCAGUCACUUUCAUCCCCUCUCUGCAGUAAAUCCACACUGUUCUUCAGCUCUGAGUGAAAUCAUUGUAAGUAUUGAUGAAGACGAGAGUGAAGAACUACCGUCGGGGUCAAAGAAAAAACAAAGCUCUCAAGUCUGCACUAAGGCCAAGACAACCAGUGAGCUGAAAGCAUCUUUAAAGUCUCACACAAGCAGGAGACCAUACAAGUGUUAUUUCUGUCAUAAAAGCUUUAUCUCAUUAAUCAGUCUUAAACUACACCAUAAAGGUGCGAAAGAGAGACAACAGAAAUUUCUUGCGUGCUGUAAAUCCUUUCAUAGCACAGCUUCUUUAAAAUAUCAUCAGAUAAUUCACACAGGGAAGAAAUCACUUAAGUGCCAAAAAGGUGGCAGAUCAGUCAGAUGCAAGUACUACUUCAACAAGCAUAUGAGGACUACUCACCCAGGUGCCAAGACAUACAGCUGUCCUGUGUGCAGUAAAGGCUUUAGGAAACCAUGCAGUCUAAAGGAACACCAGAUGCUUCAUGGUGAGAAACCCAAUCAGUCUUCUGUGUCCAGUACAGACUUUAACACCUUACCCAAUUAUAAAGUACAUCAGAGCACUCGCACAGGAGAGAAAUCGUUUAACUGUCCUGUGUGCAUUAAAAGCUUCGCUAGUGCAAGUCUUUUAAAAAUACACCAGAUAUAUCACACAGGGGAGAAAUCACAUAAGUGCAAAGAAUGUGACAAAUGCUUCUAUCACAAGGGACAUCUGGUCAGGCAUAUGAUGACUCACACAGGGGAGAAACUUUAUAAGUGCUCUGUAUGUGAAAAAAGCUUUAUAUCAUUCUCUGCUCUAAAAAAACACGGUGAAAUCGAAGAUGACCCUUGUCAUCAUGAAGUUUGUGGCAAAAGCGUCAUGUGGAAGGGAAGCUUGACAGAACACUUGAGUAUGCACACAGGGGAGAAAUCAUCUAAGCGCCUUGUAUAUGAAAAAGGCCUCACAUCAUCAAGUGUUCUUAAACGCCACCAGUUGGAUCGCUGUGGAGGGAAACCAGAAGAGAAUCAAUCAGAGAAAGAGUCGUAUCUCUGCAGCGACUGUGGCAAAAGCUUCCGAACCAUCAGUUACCUGAGGGUGCAUAUGAAGACUCACAGAGAGAGAGAGCUGCAUAAAUGUCCUGUAUGUGGAAAGUGUUUCACGUCAUCGGCUUAUUUCAAACUCCACCAGCGAAUCCACACCGGAGAGAAACAGCAUCAGUGCUUCACUCUGAGUGGACACCUGACGGAACACAUGAGGACUCACACAGGGGAGAAAUCAUUUAAGUGUCCUGUAUGCGGGAAAAGUUUUACAUCUUCAAGUGUUCUAAAACGCCACCAGCAGAAUCACUGUGGAAAGACUGCAAAAGAGAAGCAAUCUGAGGAAACGUCGUAUCUCUGCAGCGACUGUGGCAAAAGCUUCAGAACUAUGAGUUACCUGAGGGUGCAUAUGAAGACUCACAGAGAGAGAGAGCUGCAUAAAUGUCCUGUAUGUGGAAAAGGCUUCAGGUGGGCCUCUUCGCUAAAAAAUCCAUCAGAGAAUUCACACAGGAGAGAAACCUUUUCUGUGCACGGUUUGUAG